CAUGGGGGAGGCAGUAUGUUCUCCGAGCUGUGCAGGGAGACCUUGCGGAAGGCAGCAGUGUGCUACAGUUCUGCUCGUGCAGGAAGUCCAUCACCAUCGCCACCAACGUCUCCGCCGCCAUCACCCGCCAAGGAGGCAAAGACUGCUGCCAACGCUGACCUGGCAAAUGUCCGUGAUGCCAGCCACGAGGGAAUCAGAGACCACCACCAUCAUCCAGGGACCAUCGCGGGAAGACGAGCGUCGUCAACCGGAAAUGCCGCCGCCGAGUCCAAAGAGCCGGUCACAGAAAGACCGACAGAUCGCUCAAACGACUUCAGGGAAAAGCGACCGGCGAUGCCCACCGACUUCAGCAAACGAUUACCCGGUCUCGAGGCGAGAGAGGGACGACGAGGGCGCACGUGCGGCGGUGCCACCGAGAACAGAGAGUCCCGCUCGGUGUCCCCCGAGACGGGGGCACGACAACAGCAACACGAGGACAAUCGAAGGGGAGGAGGAGGAGGAGAAGGAAGCGCCGGCAGCGAAUACGGCCGAUCAGACUCGAGAUUCGGCCGACGGUCCCCAGGGUCGUCGCCCGAACCCGAGGACAACUCCUCAACUUCUGGCGACGAAGCUGGAGCCGCUCCUGAGGAAACUAACCAAAGGUCCAGUUCUGCACACAAUCGCCACUCUCUCACGAAGGAACAAACAAUGCACUGGUUCGCGCAGAUCGGCGGCGACGAAGAUUCCCUCGCUUUGUCAGAUGUGAAGCGCCGGCGAAGUCUCUACGAUGAAGAUUCCCUCGAUGGCGAUCGUCCUUAUGAGAAUGAAGGACGAGAGUCGACGGGAAGCUCGAAGGAGUUGGACAGGGCGAAGCUCGUCCGCGAGAGACAGAACGAGGAGCGGCAGCGGAAGUUGGAGGAGCUCAGGCAGCAAGCUCUUGCCGCGCAACGCUUCCGCGAGCAACGCGAGGAGGAACGACGAAGACGCAUCGACGAGCUCAGAUCGCGUGACAACGACAGACGAAAUCAAGUGGAGAGAAAACGGCUGAUAUGCGAGGCUGAACGAGAGAGACGGGAAGCGAUCCUUCGCAAGAAUCAGGAGAGGGAGGCGCGUAUCGAGGCGAAGAGAAAGAACGAAAGAUCGCACAUCGUCUUCGCGUUCGGCAGCUCCACACCGCGAAUGCUGGAACCCGCCGACACCGGUGGCUCUACUUUCUGGGGCACCCGCAGGGCCACUUCCACCACUAAUGUCAUGAUGUUCUCCGCGGCGCAACCUCUAACCAGGAGAUCCUCCGAGCGGGAGCUUGAUGGCAGCAAAAAACGAGCCACUUCCGCCGGCGGACUCGAUCGGAAGCCCGGCGAAGAUAUGAGAAUGUCCUCGUCCAUGUACGAGGUGUUCAAUUGGAAUUCUAGCCCCGAUCCCCCUUUAACUCCUGCCAAGCAUAAGAGAGCCAGCCUCUCUCUGCCCCCCACAACCGACAUCUUUGCCGUCGAUGAUAAGUCUGAUAACGACGCUAGGCGUCCCAUGAUUCAGCGGGCUGCCAGUGGUGAGGAUAGCGACGGCGGCACACCCAGCACUCCGACUUCGGUUUAUCUGCGAGUGAACAGACGACGCACCGACCUCAUGCCGACGAUACCGUCCCCGCGCGACGGCCCACCAUCGACGGCACGCAGUUUCAGCGCCAAGGCCUUCACACGCUCGCCAGGUAGGACUUACUCCAUGUCCAGGCUGGACCAGCUGGCGCAGCCUAGGAAACGCGCGACCGAGCAGCAACUCGGCACGCUCGCGGAACAGCGGCAGCCUCUGCAGAGCGCUUCUAGCAUGAGUCGCAGCAUGUCGCACUUGGCCGCGCCCGGAAGCACCAAGAGCCUCAAGCGCUCCGAUAAUUCGCGUAGCAUGGGCACGCUGCCGGGCGCGGCACCAAUGCCCAGACCCACUCGCGCCGAGAGAUUGCGCCGCAAGGCCCGCGAACACCAGCAGGCCCACCAAGGUAUCCGCAGCGGUGAAGUGACGCCCAACAGCCCGUCCCGACCACACAGCUCCAUGAGUCAGCAGAGCGGCAGCAGCGUGGGCAGCAGUAACGUCAAUCUGCGUACCCGCACGGCCGCGUCGCGCCGACCGCGGCCCGCUUCUAUUGCCGGUACCGGUGUCUCGAUCACAGAGAAACACAAUCUAAUGGGCGAUAUGAAAUUAACGAAGGAUUCAAAGCCACCACUGCCAAAGGUCCAUAGCACUCCAAAGAAACCUUCUACACCCAAAGUAACAGAGGUGAAAAAACCGACGGAGAAAUUAAUUAAGAACGCCAAGUCAUCACCACGAAUAACUCCGAAGGUGACACCUCUGCAGAGUCCCGGAGUUGAGCAUGCACCGCUCAUCCGUGAAACAACUGCGGAGAUUAUAAAACAGAAUGAGGAUAAGGAAGCACAGAAUGUGAAAUUGGAGGAUAAGAACGAGGAGAAAAAGGAUCAAGGCACCGAGAAGCCGCAGGAAACAAAUAUUGAUGAGUCCGUGACUAAUGACACGAAAAUAGCGGAGUCUGUGUCAGCAAGCAAACAAGUCAAAGACGAGACUAAUUUAAUGCAAGAAAAUCUAUCAGACGUUAUUAUGGAAGAACCAUCGAAAAUCACUAAAAAAGAGGAGAACAAACAGGAGAAAAAAUCAACAGAGACGACUGAAACUAAAUCUGAGGGCGAAAUGGACGAGCAGAUUGAUAUGUCAGCUUCGAUGAUCGCAAAAAUCAGAAUCACUACUGAAGAGGAAGCCAAAGCAGCUUUGGCUGAGCGUAGAAGAUUAGCUCGAGAACAAGCAGAACGAGAAGCGGAAUUGGAGCGUCAACGACAGGAAGAAGAAGCACGUCUGGAAGCUGAAAGAUUGCGCGCAGAGGAGGAGGAGCAACGUCGUCUAGAGGAAGAGACUAUACGUUUAGCUAAUGAAGCACGAGAAGCAGAGGAACAGCGAUUGAAGCAGGCGAUUGAAGAAGCUAAGCGUCGUGAGGAGGAAGACAGACGGAAAAGAGAAGAGGAAGCUCGUCAAAAACAAGAAAAAGAAGAAGCUGAGCGCAAGGCGAGAGAAGAGGCAGAAAAACAACGAAUUGAGAUGGCUGAGAGGCUUAAAAAAGAGGAAGAGGAACGCAACGCUAGGCGUAAACGAGUUGAGGCGAUCAUGCUGAGAACGAGAGGCAGAAAUCAAUCCAACACAUCUAAGGGAGAAGGUGGUGACGGUGACAAAUUAAAGGAAGAUAGUCCUAGCGACGAGAGUAAACCGGUGCUGGGCGGCAAAGGUGACGACGUCAUGACAGCCAGUUUAAUUUCCGAAGCGACUCAGCAAUUUAUCAGCGGUGAACAACGCGCGCAUCAUACAGAAAACAAUCUGCCUGCGCCGGACAUAGUACACAAUGGCACGACGCAUAGCAACGGCAUUAACGAAAAUAAAAUUGUAUUGGAUAAUAAUCAGGGUAACAUUGAAGGGGAGUUGAAUGGUCAUCACACGAAUCAUGGAAACGAUAUCAACAGUCAGAUUACGCUGGACAAUGCUACUGUCAAGCAAAACAACGUGACCAACAACCUGUUAGACCUGUCGAGCUUCGAUACUCUGAGUAAUAACAGUAGCGGCUACGAUACCGGGUCGAUACUCGAACUGACACCCAAUCUGGCAAACGAGGAUACCCUCAACUCCAACUUGAAUCCGGCGGCGAUGCCGUUUACCCCAAUGGGUUUCGUACCCGCUUCCGCUAACGCCAACGUCAAUCCGUUCCAAGACAAUUUCAUCAACAAGCCACAGGACAACAAUCAAGUACCAGAUCUACUCUCAUAAAGUGUCUCUAAAUGUUCCCGGACAAAUGGAAGAGAAAGCAAUUGGUUAAUUGAUAGCCAAAUUGUUGUGUGGCGAGCGAUAGCUAUACACAGAACGAGACGUCGUUUUUAAUAGUGUAAAUAACCGCAGUCGCGCGCGAUGUAUCGUGUGUGGAAAGGAUAUCUAAAUGAAGCGAGAAAGGGCGCCGCAUCAGAAAAGACCAUCCCCGGACCUCGUGUAUCGAGUUUUGAGAGUUUCCUAAUCGGGAAAAGUGUAAAAUAAUAUUUAAUAUUAUUGAUUAUUAUAUUAUGCAACAGCAUGUGUGGACACUCAAUCUGUGUGUCGUAGUAUGCUAUUAAAUGAACAUAACUUUCGAAAGGACCUUUGGAAGGGAUUGAGGCCUAUUUGUAACACAUCAUUUUCGAAUACACGGACAUAUUACACAGUAACGAAUCGACAUGAAAUUAAUUUUUUUUCUCACAUACACAUAUGAUUUCAUUCUUACCACACACACACACACACACACACACACACACACACACACACACACACACACACACACACACAUAUAUAUA